CACCACGUGGCGCCGCCGGCCUACUCGCCCGAGCGCAACCAGCUGAAGGAGGAGUGCCGCUACCGCUGCAGCUGGCGGCUGGCCACCGGCUGCCUGGCGCUGCUCUGUCUCCUCCUGCUGGCGCUCAUGGCCUACUUCGCAGCGACCGGUGGCAGUGCCGGCAGCGCGGAGCGGUCCCAGUGCGUCUACGUCGAGGACGCGGUGGUGAUGGCCCCGGACAGCACGAGACAUGUGGAAGCCAGCACCCUCCCAGCCGACCCAGCCCGUCCGCCGCCUCCUGGGGCAGCGGCCCCUCCGCCUCGCACGCCGCCGCCGCCGCCGCCCCCCGCCAGUCUGACCCUGGGCGCGCCCGUGGCGCACCGGGUGGCGCCGCGCGAGCUGUGGACCCUCGAGCACGACACCAUCCAGCCGCAGCUGGUGAACCUGAACCUGACGGCGCCGUGGUCGGCCAGCCUGGCGGUGUACGGCAGCCGGAACGUACCGCCGAGCGUGACGCAGCACGAGUUCGCGGCGUUCGUGCGGGGCGGCCGGGUGCAGCGCGGCCCGCGCGGCCUGGCGCGCUCUGUGCGCUCCCUGCCUGAGCACCCGGUCAACGUGACCGUGACCGAGUACCUGGAGCCCGGCCACUGGUACCUGGCCGUGCUGAACGACGACCCGGCGCCGGCCGAGGUGCGGCUGGUGCUGGCGGCCGGCGACGUGGCCACGCUCCGCUGCCCGGCCGACUGCUCCGGCCACGGCACCUGCCACCUGGGCGUCUGCGCGUGCGGCCCCGAGUACAGCGGCGACGACUGCGCCACCAGCGUGUGCCCGGUGCUGUGCAGCAACCACGGCACGUACGGCGGCGGCCGGUGCCACUGCGACGACGGCUGGAAGGGCGCCGAGUGCGACCUGCCCGCCACCGACUGCGUCAUCGCCGACUGCCACGGCCACGGCACCUGCCGCGUCGGCCAGUGCGUCUGCGCCCCCGGCUGGAAGGGCGAGUUCUGCCAGACCGCGGACUGCUCCGACCCGACCUGCUCCAACCACGGCGUGUGCUCGGAGGGCGUGUGCGUGUGCCUGGCCGGCUGGGUCGGCUCCAGCUGCCAGCUGCCGGACGAGCGGAUCCGCCGCUGCCUGCCCGACUGCUCCGGCCACGGCGUGUUCGACCUGGCGCGCGACCGCUGCCUCUGCGACCACAUGUGGACCGGCCGGCAGUGCGCCAAACCGCGGUGCGACCUGGACUGCGGCCCACAUGGCUCCUGUCAGGCCGGCGACUGCGUUUGCGACUCCGGCUGGACCGGCCAGCUCUGUGACCUCAGGUCAUGCGACCCGCGGUGCUCCCAACACGGCCAGUGCAAGAACGGAACCUGCGUCUGUCUGCAGGGUUGGAACGGUCAACACUGCAGCAUUCCCGGCUGCCCGGAUGGGUGUAGCGGCAGGGGCUCCUGCACCAUGCAGGACCAGUGGUACUCCUGCUCCUGCCACGACGGCUGGGACGGCACCAACUGCUCCAUCAAGCUGGAGAUGGACUGCCGCGACGGUGUCGACAAUGACGGAGACGGCAUGGUGGACUGCAGCGACUCGGAGUGCUGCUGGGACGCCAGCUGCGCGGCCAGCCUGAUGUGCCUGAUCUCGCCGGAGCCGGUCGGCGUGCUGCUCGGAAAGCAGCCCGCCCGCCAGACGGCCUCCUUCUACCAGCGCGUCAAGUUCCUCAUCGAGGAGAAGUCGGUGCAGGACUACGCCGAGAAAGACGAGUACAGCGAGAGUCGAUUCUGGAGUGCGUUCGAGCCGCGGCGCGUCUCGGUCAUUCGCGGCCGCCUGGUGUCCUCGCAAGGCCUGGGCAUCGCCGGCGUCCGUGUCAGUGUCAACAGGGACACCAGGUUCGGCCUGACACUCAGCCGGAAGGACGGCUGGUUCGACUUCAUGGUGAACGGCGGCGGCGCGGUGAACCUGCAGUUCCAGCGGGCGCCGUUCCGGCCGAUGACCCGCGCUGUGGCCGCCGCCUGGAACCAGCUGGUGGUGCUCGAGCCCAUCACCAUGCUGCUGGACACGGAGCCGGCGGCGACGGAGCCGGCGCCGGCCGCCGCCUGCGCCCGCCACCAGCCGCACCUGCUCCGGCCGGUCAUCGUCAACACGUGGCAGCCCGACCUGGCCACCGACGCCGCCGAGACUGUGGCUGUGGUGACCGAGACUCAGGUACUGCAGGAGUCGAUCGAAAUUCCCGGCACUGGCCUCCGCCUCGUGUACAACUCGCAGGACGCCUCGGGCUACCACUCGACGCUGUUGCUCCGGCUGACCUCCGACCCGGUGCCUGAAACGCUGAUCUUGGUCCACCUCAAGGUCAUCGUCGAGGGCACGGUCUUCACGAAGACGUUUGAGUCCGACCCCAACAUUACCUACAGCUACUCCUGGAACAAGCGGAACGUCUACGAGCAAAAGGUGUACGGGAUGGUGCAGGCGCACGUGUCGGUGGGGUACCAGUACGUCGACUGCGCCGGCGUCAUCUGGGACAGCCGCAUGCUGCCCAUUCCCGGAUUCAGGAUGGACAUCUCUGACAUCGGCGGGUGGAAUCUGGACAUCCACCACAUGUACAACUUCCACGAAGGCAUUCUCCAGCGGGGCGACGGCACGUCGGUGCACUUCAAGCGACACCCGCGCCUGGUGGAGACGCUGCUGGGCACGGGACAGCAGCGUCCGCUGCGCUGUCCGCCGGCCAGCUGCUCGGGCGCGGCCAACAGCUCGCGCUUGCUGACGCCCGUGGCGCUGGCCACCGGUGCCGACGGCUCCGUCUACGUGGGGGACUUCAACCUGAUCCGGCGCGUGACGCCCGCCGGCGGCGUGUUCACCGUGGCCGAGCUCAAGGCCACCCAGGUCAGCUACAACUACUACAUGGCCAUGUCGCCGGUGGAACAGCUGCUGUACAUUAGCGACCCUGAGGCCCACCAGGUGUUCCGCGUCAUCCAGAUGGACCAGGUCAGUGACCCGUCUAAGAACCUGGAGCGAGUGGCGGGCACGGGCGAGCGGUGCCUGCCAGGGGACGACGCGGCCUGCGGGGACGGCAAACUGGCGCUCGACGCCAAGCUGUCCCAUCCGAAAGGCCUUGCCAUAUCGGCCGACAUGGUGGUCUAUCUGGCGGACGGAACCAACAUUCGCGUCAUCGGCGCUGACGGCAUCAUAUCAACCCUGAUUGGCCACCACGGACACAAGGCCGUCUGGAGACCUAUCCCAUGCUCCGGCGCGCUGCCCCUGCCCGAGACGCAGCCGCAGUGGCCGACGGCCGUGGCGCUCAGUCCGGUGGACGGCUCGCUGCACUUCCUGGAUGACCGGCUCGUGCUGCGCCUCACGCCCGACCGGAAGGUGGAGGUGCGCGCCGGCCGGCCGCCGCACUGCCCGCGCGACCCGGCCGCCGCCGGCGCCGCCUCGCCGCUGGCCCCGCUCGGCACCCUGGUCGACCUCACGUUCGACGCGGACGGCGCGCUCUACCUGGCCGAGGUGGACGCGGGCAAGGUGCACUACGUGCGCCGGCUGGACGGCGACGGCCGGCUGACGCUGGUGGCCGGCGCGCUGCCCGCCUGUCACUGCCAGAAGGACCAGUGCGCCUGCGAGCCGGCUGUCGGCCCGGGCGCCGCUGGCGAGCUCGCCACGCGCACGCACCUGGUGAGCGUGUCGGCGCUGGCGGCCGGGCCUGACGGAAGCCUGCACGUGGCCGAUCAGGGCACGCUCAAGAUCCUCCGGCUGCGACACAACCUGCCGCACGAGGGGCCCGAGUUCAAGGUGAUCGACCCUGUGCAGAACAAGGUGUACGGCUUCAACCGGUUCGGUCAGCACGUGGAGACCAAGGACCUGCUGACCGGCCGGUCGAUAUACCUGUUCCAGUACAGCAAGAACACCAGCUUCGGCCGGCUCAGCAAGAUCACUGACUGGUCGGGCAACAGCGUACAGCUGGUCCGUGACUACAGCAGUGUCGUCAGCUCCAUCGAGAACUCGCAGGGUGAGCGCUGCACCCUACAUCACAUGACCCGGGACGGCCUGGUCACAAACUUCACCACGUCCGGCAACAAGUACCACUUCCAGUACGACCCUGAGACGGAGCUGCUGCGCUGUCGGAGCGACUCACGCGGUGACGUCUUCCUCUACGACUACGACAGCACGGGCCGCCUGCAGCAGGCGCUGACGUCCACCGGCGAGCGACUGAGGCUGAGCUCGCGGCUGGUGCCGCCGCGUUUCCUCCAGGUGACGGUCGCCAGGGACGACCAGGCGCCGUUCGUGCUCGACAUCGACAGCACGCAGGAAUCGACCUCGUUCACCUACGAGGACACGUCCACGGUGGUCCAGACGUUGGCCAAUAACACGAUCGUGCUCUCGGAACCCCAUGAUACGGAUACAUAUGUGACUUUCACAAAAAUACAGCAGAUGUCGCUGCUGUAUUCGCCUCCUGUUCAGGUUCUGGACGCGGCCGUCUCGCAGCGCCGCGUAGUGAGAGCGGACCUGAACCACGAGCAGCUGGAGAACAAGCUGGCGCUGACCAUGGCGCCCCUGCAGGGCAACCAGAUGCACGGCUUCCUGGUGGCCAGGACCCUGCUGAGUAACGGCUCGGAGGUGGUGUCUCUCGACUACGACCCGGUGACGCUGCGGCAGACAGUGUACACGGCGGCGGCGCCUGGCGCGGCCGGCGCCCGUCAGGUGACGCUCAGCGUCAAGUACCGCGAGUCGGUGGAGCCCGACACCUGGUCGCCGGCCGGCCUGCCGCCCAUGGUGGUCAGCUACGACAGUAUCGGCCGCCUGGGGCGCUGGCGUUGGGGUGAGCUGACGCAGGAGUUCAGCUACAGCAGCAGCCGGAGCGGACUGGCGCGGCGCCAGGCGGGCGCCAGCAGCGACACCUUCACCUACGACCCCAACAACCAGCCUGCCACCUUCACGCUGCCGAGUCGGCGCCAGUACGAGUACCACUACGACAGCCGCGGCGGCCUGCAGUUCAUCAUCACGCCCAGUCGCUCGCGCCACUUCCUGCACGUGCAGCCGUCGCUGGGCUACGUCAAGUUCCAGUACGUGCCGCCGGGCGGCCAGCAGCACCCGUGGGUGCGGCGGUACGCGCAGGACGGCCGCCUGCUGCUGUCGCAGCGGCCCGGCCUCGGCGCCACCGCGCACCGGUACGACGGCGCCGGCCGGCGCACGGCCACGGCCAGCGGCGAUGGCGAGACGCGCUUCACGUACGCGCCGAGCGGCGCGCUGGUCAGCGUGCGCCAUUCGGAGCGCUUCUUCGGCUACCGCUUCGAGCUGGCGCACCAGGGGCCGCUGCUGCGCGAGCGGCGCGAGCAGUUCGACCCGGAGACGGGACUCAGCUCGGCGGUGUUCCGCUACGAGUACGACGGCCGGCUGCGGCCGACCGGCUACCGUGCGCGCCGCCAGUACGACAACGCCGGCCGGCUGGCGGCCGAGCGGGUCUGGCGGCCGGAGCUGGGCGGCCAGCCGCGCAAGCGUACUCUGCACUACGGCCCGGACGGCGAGCUCACCGGCGACGACGCCGACGACUCGUGGCGCUUCGAGUACGACCGCAACGGCAACAUGGUGCAGCUGCGCUUCAAGCAGAGCAACAUCUCGCUGCAGGUGAACGAGCACGACCGGCUAGUGCAGCUGAGCGGCGGCCAGCUGCGCUACGACUCGUCCGGCGCCGUGGUCGAGAACUUCCGCGAGCACAAGUACCGGUAUGACGCGCGCGGACUGCUGGCCGCCGCCGUGCAGCCGACCGGCGGCCAGGUGCACUACUACUACGACCACGAGCGCCGCCUACUGGCGCGCAAGGACCAGCUGGGCAACAUCACGCAGUUCUUCUAUGGCGACCCACGCCACCCGCUGCAUGUCACGCACGUGUACCGGCCCCGCUCCGACCAGCUGACGGAGAUCCUGUACGACGACGAGGCGCGGCCGGUGAUGGUGCGUGCCGACGCGCGCCGGUACACGGUGGUCUCGGACACGUGCGGCACGCCGCUGCUGCUGUACGACGAGCGCGGCAGGCUGGCGCGCGAGGUGCGCAGCGCCGCCUUCGGCCACCAGGUGAGCAACUCGUGGCCCGAGCUGUACCUGCCGGUGGGCUUCUGCGGCGGCCUCUGGGACGCCGUCACCGAGCUGCUGCACAUGCCCGGAGGCCGCGUCUACGACCCGCUGGUCGGCCAGUGGCUGGCCCCCGACGUGGACGGCCUGCUCAGCAACCUGAUGAACCCGCGCAAACUGCACCUGUACCGCUUCAACGGCAACGACCCGAUCAACGUGCGGCCGCGGGACGUGACGCCCACAGACGAGGCCGGCUGGCUGGAGCGGCUCGGGUACCGGCCCGUGUCGGGCCGACUGGGCCGCCUGCGACGUCUGCUGCUGACGCCGCGCCGGCUCGGCCUCCUCUCGCGCGUGCCCGAGAUGACGCUGCGGCGGCAGCCUGCGCCGGAGCGCUGGCCGCACCGCAUCAGCAGCCAGCCGGGCCCACUCGGACCGGGGGUCAUCCUGGUGGUGAACCUCGACGGCCGCGUGCAGGUGCGCGGCCUGCCCAGCGUCGACCCCAUCGCCAGCGACGUGCUCACCACCGUCUUCAACCAGUCGUUCCUGGUGAACGUGACGACGGCGCCGCACCGCUUGGACGUGUUCCACUUCGUGAAGACGGCGCUGUGGAGCUUCGCCGACGACCACGAUCAGCUGACGCGGCUGGCGCAGUUCAACGUGACGGCGCACAAGCACAGCGGCGACGAGCCGGGCCGGCACACGGCCGACCUGCGCAUCCACACGGGCACGGCCAGCGUGCACCUGCUACGGCGCGGCUUUGCGUCGCGCCGCUGGUCGGACGCCGAGCGCGAGGCGAUCCUGGCGCGCGAGGGCGUGGCCGGCCUGGACUUCUGGUACCGGCACGAGCCGCACGAGUACCCCGAGCUGGCCGGCGACCCCUUCAACGUACGCUUCGGCCGCGCCGGCUAG